AUGUGGAAGAAUGUCUUGUUCCCCGCAACAGCGGCAGGGCUGUUGGCUGGAUCGACGUCUGCCACCCUACUGUACGUGACUUCUUAUGCCGGCACUGUCACGACAUUGGACCUGGUCGAGGGUGCCACUACCAAGCUUGACACCGUCGCUAGCACCACAGCAUGCGGAGCUAAUCCUUCAUGGUUGGCUCUGGACUACUCCAAGUCAUUCCUCUACUGCUUGGACGAGGCCUGGGGUCAACCCACCGGCACCGUCACGUCCUUCUACACGUACGCCAACGGGACCCUGGUACCGCUGGCGGCAGCAGAUGUGAUCGCCGGCCCUGUCAGCAUAGCUGAAUUCGGUGUAGGAGGGCACGGGCUCGCCAUUGCCUCUUAUGCCGGUUCCGGCGUGAAUGUCGUGAGCAUGACCCCAGAAGGUGGUGUCGAGCUGGUCCAGAACGAGACCUACACGCUCGAGCAGCCGGGGGCCGUUCCUGACCGUCAGGACGUACCUCACCCACAUCAAGCCAUUCUAGAUCCCACGGCGAGAUUCGUCCUAGUUCCAGACUUGGGCGCCGAUUUGGUGCGGGUGUACCAGGCGGAUGCAAGCAGUUUGAAGCUGACGGCGAUCACACCCCUAGAGGUUCCCCCGGGAGCGGGCCCGAGACACGGUGCUUUCAAGACGGCGUAUAACAAGACAUACUUCUACUUGGCAACGGAACUUUCCAAUACCAUCAUUGGAUACGAGGUCGUGUAUAACAAGAACAGGACGCUCGGUUUCUCCGAGCUCUUCACGAUCCCACUCCACGGCGAUGAUCGUGAGAUCGCAAAUACGACAGGUGCCGCAGAGACGCUUGUGACGCCCGACGGAAAAUUCUUCAUCGUCUCCUCGCGGUGGGAGCGCUCGCUGAGCAUCCCGAACUUCGACCCAAGAAACAGCACCGAGAUCGCAUCGGACCCGCUCAUCGUCUACGCCAUAGAUAACAAGACCGGUUUGCUGGAUAAAAUCCAAGAAUUCCCGGCCGGAGGUGUUGGCCCACGUCACUUCUCGAUCAACGGCGACGGUAACCGCAUUGCAGUGGGUCUGCAAGGAGACGGGCGCGUAGCGAUAAUCGAGCGGGACGUCCACACAGGCUUGCUCAAGGACUUCGUGGCGACGGCAGAUGUAGAAGGCGAGGUGAACACCGUGAUCUUCUACGAGGACUACCACGCAAAGUGGGGGAAAGGUCGUCCGAGGGUGUAA